AGCAGAAAGAGAGAAAGGAAAUAGACGGCUUCGGAUUAGUGCGAUAUCUCGAGAGGAAGGUAAAAGCGGGUAAACAGAAACAUCAACCAACAAAGGUGUGGAAAAGGUGUUUCAUUUGUGUUGCAAGUGCACAUCCGCUCCUGUUCGCCGUAGGCUACCGUUUGGCGAAGGCUGAUUUCAUUAGACUGUUGUGCUGCAGCGAGUUAUUAAAAUUUCUCCAACCUGAAUUGUUACGAAACUGUUCAUACAACUCCGGAGCAACCGGAAAAGCUUAUAGUCAUCAUUGUCGUCGGUUUUAAUUAAAUCAUCCAGCUUCUCUGACGACCAGAGGCCUCAAAGCAUUGCAGAGACCAGCGCAUUGCAAAAGGUGAACGACUGAAGCCAUCAAAGUUUGACCACGAAUUGUGCGUAAUCGCAACCAACCGCUGCUGCAUGUGUGCGUGUGUGUCUGUCUGUCUGUCUGUAGGUGAAGCUGCAUCAGCCAGAGCGCCAGAAGCGGCAGCAGUGUAGCAUUCGUUACAGUUAUUUGUUCGCUCCCAAUCCGCUUGAUCCGGCUAUCCCGGCUGUGCACAGUGCGCUGAGAGAAGAGAAGAAAGCCAAACACACGACGCGAUCAUCGUGAAAACAAAACAGCAUCGCUGCCAACACUCGCACGGGCCGAGGCGGACGGCAGCGCGCUUGAGAGGGGUGCUAUCUCGCGGGCGGGAUGCUUGCAGAUCAGGAACCUAGAUAAACCUGAAAACUAGAACCCCGGGGAAAAGCGUACGAAAGAAAGCGCCCGGACGAUAGAGAGGGAGAAAAACUGGUAUCGGAAAGCUUGCCAACCACCACCACCACCACCACCAACGCGGCAGCAUCAGAGUGUGGGGCAGCAUAGUUCCAGUUUCACAUAACACACACCACAGUCUGCAAAGGUAGGCGCAGUGAAGAUUGUUGUGCGACUCUAGGCUCUUCUCGACUCCGUUCUUCCCUUUGGUUGUGUCGGAAAGAGGGGACAAAAAGUGCCGUUGUUCUUUUUAGCAUCGUGUCAGCUACGAUCCAUCUGGCAAAGACAAACACUCUUGCCCAGUGCGAAUCAUCUCUACCUUACCUGUGUGUCUAAGGCAUCACUCUCCCCUGGAACAAUGUCAUCAAACGGAUCGUACAAUUUAACCGUGGACGGCGAGCUGCGCUAUGUUGCCCAGUGGUUCGAAGAGUGGAGUGACUUCCAGCGAGAAGACUUCAUACCGUACCUGGUGUCCUACCUGUCACAGCAAGCCGAGAGUGCGGGGUACGUGAACGGACUCAUCAGUGCCAUGGCGCAGAUUAAUCCCGGUCAGGAUAAGCCGAUGAACCUGUUUCAGUGCAGGGUAAAGCUAUUCAACGAAUGGUGCAUCAAAUGGCCGGAAGAGUUCAAAGCUAAACUAUUGGAGCGUCUAGAGCAAACCGAUAGCACGUUCGGUGCACGAAUACGAACGGAACUGGAGUGCAGCGCCAAGCCGAUGAAUGGCUGCCUGGAACAGCAGCCCGAAACGCAGCAGCAGACAAACGCGGAAGCUGCAGCGAGAGAGCUGGCAGAUGACUCGGAACCAAUCGGCUUGAUCGUGAAUGCCGAACCCGUCAUGGUGGCGGCAAAUGCCAUCCUCGUCGCAGACGAAGAUUAGGUGUAGUGCGCUAAGUACGCGACAGCGCAACGAUAUGAACAUUCCAACCGGGUACCUUUUACUGUGCGCCUUUGUCUUGCAAACCACAGGGGCAAACCGAUCAUGACAGGCGCCGUGCAUGUUCGUGGCGAUGCCAUUUAUAAUAGCAUCAUAGGGCAAAAGACACACUCACUAUUUAUUACCUACUGGUCGUUAAAAGUAGCCAUUCCAUAAAGAGGAUAUCGUGCCUCGAAUUUCACAGUUCCAUAAUGCAUUAUUUAAAUAUUACAUAUUUUUUCACUAAUCUACCAUACCCAUGGGUAUGAAGAAUUGUUGAAUCUCGGCGAAGAGCUGCUCGAAUUGUUUCCAGUAUUAGCAGAAGGAACAUAGGCAUGCUAACUGUUCAAAAAAUACUAUUGGAUUGAGCAUAUAAAAGACUUACUAACUUCCGACUCAGUAUACACCGUUCGAAGAUAAUCAAACAAACCCGUUUUCAAUUGAAUUGAGAUCGGACAUUAAAAAAAAAGAAUGAUUGUUCAGCAGUGUGAUCAUUCUUCCGCCUGCCGUUUAUCGUAUCACUAGUGUAAAUGAGCUGUACUGAAUAAAGUAUAAAUAUUAACAAAACCCCUUCACAAAA